AUGUCCCAAAAAACAUUUGACCGGGCGGAAACGGUAGAACUGCUUUCAAUUCCACGAGAUGAAGAACCACUAGGGCCGAACUCGUCCAGCGAAGACGGAACAGAUCUCAGCGACCGGACAGGAGUCCAAUCGACGCGAAAACACCGAAAGAAGCGCAAAACGGAAAACUGGAAACGGUCGUUAUAUCUAGGCUCGUUAUCAAGUAUUAUCGUACUACUGUUUAAUGUUUCCUUUGUCGCCUGGGCCGUGUCGCAUCAUGAUCUUACAGAAGAUCGCGGGGUACUCUACACCGGCGAUUGUACCAAGACCAAGAGAAUGAGUACUGGGAUUCAUUUGGUCAUCAACAUUUUAAGCACUGCUCUGCUUUGCGCGAGUUCCUAUACUAUGCAAUGCCUAUGCGCCCCUACACGAGCGGAGAUUGAUCGCGCACAUCAGAAGAAUCAAUGGCUGGAUAUCGGUGUGCCUAGCAUGCGGAAUUUGUUUCGAAUCUCGAAGAUGAAACUCAUUCUUUGGCUGAUUCUCGCGCUAUCGUCUCUCCCGCUUCAUCUAUUUUACAACUCGACCAUCUUCUCCACAAUCACAAACCUCGAGUACGAAAUAUUUGCAGGAAACAAGCCGUUCUCCGAUUUUAACGCGAACAACGUCCGCCCACCUCACGAUUUUAUAGACAAGAAUAACACCAUGUAUACGAACCCCUACUUCUCAUUCUCAAGAAUGCUUGACAAAGGACUCCACAACGAGCUCUACCGUCUGGAAAAUGCCGACUGCAUGUCCGCCUAUGCCACGAACUUCCAAUCCGAAUACGGCAGCGUACUUUUACUCACUGACGACUUUCACCCAAACGACACCGACUUUGACUUUCUAUCAAUUCAGGGAGCCUCUACCCCGGUGAAAGGAAACAAUCCAUACGCUUGGAUGUGUUGCAAUCAAACCGUGUACGCCUGCGAUAUGCAGACUUUAUGCCGCGACCAACUUCCGGAGAUCCGUACUCAUGUUGAUAACUGGAUAGUCGGUGGCUACCGCGUGAAUUAUUGCCUGGCGGAGAAAGUUCCAGGAAAUUGCAAGCUAGAGUACAGUCUCCCUCUAGCUAUUAUCGUUAUCGUGUUCAAUACUGUCAAGGCGAUCAUCAUCUGCGCCGUGGCCCUCACGAUGACCGACCUACCCAUCCUCACAACCGGCGACGCACUAGCUUCAUUCCUCAAGACCCCCGAGAUAAGAGAUAGAGACCACUGUCUCAUGACCAAAGCCCUAGCCAAGAAUCCACCCUCCAAACCCCUUCCCUACAAAGCAAAGCCCCAAAGAUGGGCUACCGCAGUCUCAACAGUCCGAUGGAUCAUCUGCAUAAUAUGCUACACAAUCGCCAUCGCAAUCUGCAUCGGCCUCCUCUGCUUCGGUCUCAGCCAAAUCACCAACAAAGGCAACCUCUGGUCCGGCCUCGGUAUCACAAACACCGAAACCCUAAUCAGCGGAAACACCUGGCCCCCUUCCCUCCUCACCAACACCAUCAUAGCAAACACACCCCAAAUUAUCUUCUCCGUACUCUACUUCACCUCCAACAGCGUCCUCACAACCAUGACCCUCGCCGCAGAAUGGAGCAACUACGCCCUCCACCGAAAAGGUCUCCGCGUCUCCUCAACCCCACAGGGCUCACAACGAACAACCUAUUUCCUCUCUUUGCCUUAUACAUACGCUAUCCCGUUGUUGAUAUUCUCGACCGUGUUACAUUGGCUCAUAUCCCAGAGUUUAUUCCUCGUUAAUGUGGAGACAUAUGAUAUGCAAUUAGAGCGGUUCCGGUUAUUUGAUUUCGCAACGUGUGGAUAUUCUCCUGUUGCUAUUGUUUGUGCCAUUGUUGUUGGUGGGGUCAUGGUUUUUGGGCUGGUGGGGUUGGGGUUCAGGAGGUUUGGGUCUGGUAUGCCUGUCGCUGGGAGUUGUAGUUUGGCUAUCGCUGCUGCGUGUUAUCCUGGGGUUUCUUCGGUAGAUGGGUGUGGGGAUGCGGUGGAGACUAUGCCCCUGCGUUGGGGGGUUGUGUAUCAGGGGACUGGGGAUGGGGUCGAGGUUGGGUGUUGUGGUUUUUCUGGCGGGGAGGUUGGGAUGCCGGUGGAUGGGAUGGUUUAUCGGUGA